AUGGCAUGGUACUGCUCCGGAUCGACCAACCACGAGCUAGUCGAGAACCUGUAUAGGACGGGACUGAUAAAGAAUGAAAGAGUCAAGAAAGCAAUGCUAGGAGUUGAUCGUGCCCACUAUGCCCCAUCUAGACCCUACUCGGACUCACCGCAGCCCAUCGGUCACGGAGCGACAAUCUCUGCACCCCACAUGCAUGGACAUGCGUGUGAGUACCUCAUUGACUACCUGCGACCGGGCUCACGAGUGCUGGACAUUGGCUCAGGCUCCGGAUAUUUGACCCAUGUUAUCGCCAACCUCGUAACAGAUCCAUCACUGUCAGCAGGAGAAAACGGCCAGGUUGUCGGGGUUGACCAUAUACAGGAGCUGGUUGAUCUGGCCCACAACAACAUGCGUAAGUCGGGGGAUGGCCGAAAAUUGCUUGAAUCUGAAGUAGUGAAGUUCGUCAAUGCCGAUGGCCGCCAAGGAUGGGCAGAAGGAGCACCAUACGAUGCUAUUCAUGUCGGCGCGGCUGCAGAAGAGCUUCACCCAUUGCUAGUCGAACAACUAAAAGCCCCUGGCCGAAUGUUCAUCCCUGUCAACGCAGACGACGAACGAGGAGCGCUUGAAAGAGUUGCGUUUGGGGGUGGGCAGUAUAUAUGGGUUGUUGAUAAAAGAGCCGAUGGGUCUGUCCACAAGGAGAAAGUAUUUCAAGUCAGCUACGUUCCUCUUACUGAUGCACCCAAAAAAUGA